CAGUGGUGUGAGCGCUGAGCAGUCGAGAGAGAAACAGGUUUUUUCAUUGUGGCGAGGAUCGACUUUACAGUUUGUACAGUUAUAUAAUUUUGUUCUCGUUGGGUGUCUCGGUGGCGUGUUCUUCUCUCUAUUGUUGAUAGCCAGCCGUUCACAUCGGAAUGGCCGAACCGAGCGGCAGAUACCAGCAGCUGCCCAAUGAGGAGGACCCAGAGGAGAGUCCACAGGUAGCAGCUGAUGCUCCACCCCCGUACAGCAGCAUCGCAGUGGACAAUGCUGCCUACUUUGACUGCAAGGAAGACGGGGCUUUCCCCAAGCCUCCGUCAUACAACGUAGCAACGACGCUACCUUCCUAUGAUGAAGCAGAAAGAACCAAGGCUGAGACUACUGUUCCCCUGGUAGCUGGAAGACAGCAGCCUCAGCACAGGGAGCGCCUGGAGACUUUUGACGAUGUAAUUCGCAGUUCACUGGAGGAUGAAGACUUUGUGACCAGAGACGACUUUGAAGACGCCGAUCAGCUGAGGAUAGGAAAUGACGGCAUCUUCAUGCUCACCUUUUUCAUGGCAUUCCUGUUCAACUGGAUCGGCUUCUUCCUGUCUUUCUGUCUGACCACCUCAGCAGCCGGCCGCUACGGAGCCAUCUCGGGCUUCGGCCUCUCUCUAAUCAAAUGGAUCCUCAUAGUCAGGUUCUCCACGUACUUCCCCGGUUACUUUGAUGGACAGUACUGGCUGUGGUGGGUGUUCCUGGUGUUGGGCUUUUUGCUCUUCCUUCGAGGAUUCAUCAACUACGCCAGAAUCCGCAAGAUGACCGACACCUUCUCCACCCUGCCCCGCACCCGAGUCCUCUUCAUUUACUGAGCUUACAAUCCAUCAGUUUCCAUCGUCUCCCCCUCCCCCUCCCCUUUGCAUUGACACACACUGUCUGGCUUGAUCCAAUCAGAAAUGGAGAAAAGAACAUUUCUUUCCUCUGCUUGACAUUUGAUUUGGACAAUACAUCUAUUGUCCCCUCUUGGUGUAAAAUAGUGAUUGCUGAGAAAUCUGUUUAAACCCUUCAGUUGUUAGUGGUGAACUGUCAAGUGCUAUUUGCAAUUAUGAAGUGUGUGAUGUAUAAAUGAAUGCCUUAUUUACUGUUUUACUGUCUGUUGGUAGCAGCAGCAUGCACUGCUCUCCUGCGUAGCCACCAGGGGGCAGUCUUGUUUGUGUUAUUUUCCACCAGUCCUCUAUCAGAUGAAGUCAUUUGUGUAGAGAGGUGGUUCUCAGCCCAGGGGCCAGUGGGUAAUUUUGGGGUUAUGGGUUGAUUUAUGCAGUGUGAAAUAAUAUAUUUCAAGUACCGAUUUAAUGUGCUUUUAACCCUUCUGACCAAUGCUUUUUGUCCCUUGUGAAAUAGUGUAUGAUUCAAGACUGAAAAGGGAAAAUCAUCUUUUGGGUUCAGGACUUAAAAAUGGUUGAGGACCACACAUAGCAGAGUAGGGGCCGGGUUUCCCCUAGAGCAUUUUUUCCUCCUGUAUUUAGGAAUUGUUCAUGCUUUCACAUACUGUAAUCAGGAUUGUUGUUUCCUUAUAUAUAAUACAUGUAUGUCAGCAGAGCUUCUUGGGCUGCCCUGCUCAAGGACACAGUGAUGAGGAUGAAAUAAGCCGAUAGUCUGUCACUGGAUUCAAAUGUGCAAUUAGAUGAUUCUAGUAAUUAAAUUAUUCUGACGCCCUGUCUUAGUUACUGGACACCCAGAUGCCAGAUGUGAUUUGGAAACUCUGCCCUGUAAGUAACAAGAAAUAUAUUAACACAGGGCUGAGAUUUAUUUUUUCUUCUUUGACGUAAAAAUGAAUUAUGACAAGAAUCGUUCUUUUUAUGUUCACCCUCAUUAUCGUGGAAGUGGAAUGAUUAUUUUUUAGAAGAAUUUUAAGUUUCUGGUUUGGAAAAUGUUUGGAAUUAAACUCAUAAAAAGAAAAAUCUA